UUUAUGUCAACCGUUUGUUGAUUGGCUUGAGACAGGGAACUAUUUGCAUAAAUAUACAACCAUGAUUCAGCGGUCUUGCAAACGCCAUUCAUAAGGUGCGCAUGCUUGAGAAGCGCUCACAACUGCUGUUCUCUCCACACAGAUAGCAUCGAGUUAUUUCAACUGACAGUAUGGAAGAUCGUGGAAAUUGGAACAAAAAACUGGAAUUCUUGCUUGCCACGGUCGGGUAUGCUGUUGGACUUGGAAAUGUAUGGCGGUUCCCGUACUUGUGUUUCCGGAGCGGGGGAGGGGCCUUCCUCAUCCCGUUCUUCAUCAUGUUGGUGCUGUGUGGAGUCCCGCUCACAUACAUGGAAAUGGCCAUCGGACAGUACACACGGCGUGGACCCAUUGGAGCCCUCGACAAGAUGUGCCCUUUCUUUAAAGGUGCAGGUCUUGCGACGGUAGUGAUAUCGUUCCUGUUCACCACGUACUACAUCAUCAUCAUCACGUGGUCCUUCUACUACCUGUUCAGCACGUUCCAGGCUGAGCUGCCCUGGAAGGGUUGCAAUCACACCUGGAGCUCCGACAUGUGCUGGGAGGGAGACAGACAAAAUUCAUCAGCUGCCGCUGGAGUGUUGCGUUACCUUGGUAACUCUACAAAUUCCAGUUUGGAAUUUAAACUGGACACAGGAAGUGCAAAUAACACAAGAUCACCGACAGAAGAUUUUUAUUACCAGCGUGUGUUGGAGCAGUCGUCUGGCAUCAAUGAGCAGGGCAACAUCAGGUGGGAGCUGGCCCUCAUCCUGCUGAUGUGCUGGACACUGGUGUACUUCUGUAUCUGGAAGGGGCCCAAGUCAACCGGCAAGGUUGUGUACUUCACGGCCACCUUCCCCUACGUGGUGCUGGUCAUCCUGCUGAUCAGAGGACUCACGCUGGAUGGAGCCAUGGACGGCAUCCGAUUCUUCAUUGAACCAAAGUGGGAACAGCUCUUAGAUGCCAAGGUUUGGGUGAAUGCAGCAGCGCAGACCUUCAACUCUCUGGGCGUCGCGUUGGUCGCGUUCGGAGGGCUCAUCACCAUGUCGAGCUACAGCAAGUUCAAUAACAGUAUUCUCAGAGAUGUGUUAUCUUUGGCGGUAGUCGACGCUUUUACCUGCAUUCUGGCUGGCUUCGCGAUUUUCUCCAUCUUGGGCAACUUGGCCCUGACACAGAAUAAAGACGUAGCUGAUGUGGUUCAAGAAGGGCCCGGCCUAGUGUUUGUCAUCUACCCAGAAGCUUUCACCAGUAUGCCAGUCUCUCAGCUGUUUGCCGCACUCUUCUUCUUCAUGCUUAUCUGUCUGGGCAUUGACAGUCAGUUUGCCUCCGUGGAGGUCAUUGUUACUGCCUUAUCUGAUCACUUCGGUGACAAGAUAAAAAAGUAUCUCCACCGGAAGGAGCUCCUGGUGCUUGUUGUGUGCGUAGUGUCCUGUCUGUUUGGACUGCCAAACAUAACUCAGGGAGGGAUCUAUUAUUUCCAACUGAUAGAUUACUACACUGCUGCCUUAUCACUCAUGGUGCUAGCAUUCUUUGAAGUCAUCGCAGUCAACUGGUUUUAUGGUGCUCGGCGCUUGGCCCGGAACAUUGAGGAGAUGACCGGCCACCACCCGCCAGUGUUCUUCAUCGUGUGCUGGUACCUCCUGUCUCCCUUGUUGCUGCUGGGAAUCCUGGUGUUCAGUAUGAUACAGUACAAGCCCCUGUCAAUAGCCGGCUAUGAGUAUCCACUGUGGGCGCAGGUCCUGGGCUGGUUCUUGGCCCUCGCGUCUAUGGUGUGUAUCCCCCUGGGAAUGGUUCAUGCCGUCUACAAGGCAAAGGGAGAUAAUCUUUUACAGAAAUUCCGAAACAGUCUCCGUGCACAGAUAAUGGAAGAAACAUCACCGCCGUUAUGGCAGGAAGACAUCGUUGACAAACAUCCAGUCAAACUUAUAUCAAACGGCCAGCUACCAACGGACUGCAAGAACACUAGUGUUUGAUACCUGUUGGUCAAUAUGUGUCUACUAGAGCAAUGGCGUAGAAGCGCAGGUGUACCAGACAAACCCAUUUGAAUCUGAUGUAUGUUUAGAGUGAGUGCUUUCUCAGUCAUCAAUCAUAUGUUUGAGUUCUGUUAAGUCAGUAGAGGCCAAUAUCAAGGCUUGUACCAGGCACCGAAUACUUUGUAUGGCAUUAAGUUAUAUUCCACUACAGCAGAAAAUAUUAGACACUAGCCUACAACCUACCGAUUGGUGAUUGGCUUGAUGCUGAGGUGGAAGAAAUAUUUCAUAUAUUAUGUCAUGUAUUUCAUGACAUUAUGUCAUGCGAUCGUAUGUGUCUAGUUUUAUAAAUUGUUAGGAAAGAUUUAUUAUAAUUGAUUGGUAGUACUUUUCAAGAAUGACUUCAAACUGACCAAAUAUCCAGACAAAAUACUAUACCUCAAUCAAAGGCAUCUAUCGAGUUUUUUCUACAAUUUUAUAAUUUUGUAAAAACGUUUUAGGAUGUUUGCAAAUUCCAGGUGCCAGUGAAACAUCGUUAACAUCAGGUACACUGUUACUGCUUUAUGUAGAGCUCCUGUAUAACCUGGUUCCUGACUUAGAGAGAUAUUACAGCAUUUUAGGGGAGAUGUGUUCAGACAUAUUCUGGUUACUGAUGAUUGAAUAUUGGUUUAACCCAGUGUUUAAAACUCCUAAACAUCCAAGCCAGACAGCCGGACUGAGAACUUUAAAAAAUUACCAGUCCGGAUACAAACUUGCCUGUCCGGUUUUCAACAAUAAGCUGAAAUUACACGUGUUGUGAUUGGCUAUCGUAACAUGAACUGUCCAAUCGUAAGUAGUAACAUAAUUUUCAAAUCAUCUCAAACGCCUCAAACUGAUGACAAGAGAACCUGUCUGAUAUUAUGAAAUAUUUAGGGGUAAAAAUCUCUACCAGACCACCGGACAGGCUACUUUUGAAAUUUGACCGUCCGAGAUGAAAAUAGACCGUUCCGGACGGUCAGGCAGGCGGGAAUUUUACACGCUGUUUAACCAUCCAGUUAUAUUUGCAUUUCAUAGUUUUUUCUGCCAGCAAUCUUUAAGACUUCAUUGUAUCGAUCAGUAGUAUGUCAAGAAAUUCACCGUGAAUAUUGUGCUUCUGUGUAAAUGUAUGAAUGGAAGAUCAUUACCACGCUUGGCCAAAUGACAUAUAUGAUAUAUUCUAAGAACCAAAAAGUGUUGCUAUGCAAAAUAAAUUUCAUCUCCUUGAUGGACUCAUAAAACCAAUAAAUAUUCUAGUGCCUGGUCCAGUAAUAUGUGAUUACUGGUUAGCAGGAAUCAUAGCUUAGCUCAGUGUCACAACACACUGGAGUUAUCUCCCCUGGAUUAGUGUCCCAGAAUGGCUCUAAGAUGUACGUUACUUUAAAUGUUCAUCCUUGAAAAAUGUGGAUUAAGUUUCACAGAUGGUUAAUUUGCUUUAAUAUUUUAGCAUUUAGGCCAGCUGCUAUAUAAUCUGUCUUAAAAUUAUCAUAUUAUCUGUCAUCUUGAAUAAACUCCCACCUCUGUUGAAAUCGAUUGUGAUAUGGUGAUUUCAAUGUUGAAAUAACAAGUCCGAUAUGUUCUUUAUUGGAAACAAGUAACAAGUUGAAUUGCUCCCACCUAUUUUCAGGAACAAAUGAAUGAUCAGUUGAUGAAGACUUUAUAUUUUUGUGCAGCAAAUGUUUCGACAUAGGAGUGAAAUAUAGUUCAUAUGUGUUCAGUAGAGUUGGAUUUCUGUCCAAGUGGAAAUUCAUGUAUCUGGCACAGCGAAUAUACAUCAAGACGAAACUGGAAAAUUCCUCAUUUUAGAUAUAUAUUACACCUUAUAUUUUUUGAAAAUAGAAUUCAUACAAAUGAAAAAUGGCCAGUAUAUUUUCAGAGAACUGAACUUUAUACAUGUCUCAUUGUGAUUGAGAUAAGGUACUGCUUUUUUACCCCAUGAGAAUUACAUGUAAAUACAGUUGUAUUUUCAUCUGGUUUUAGAACACUAGAAUUUUCCAUAAUAUACUACUCACACUUUGCUAAGGAUCACAAAACUUCACAACUUUACUUAACCGUAGAUUCAUAAUUU